CUUGGGUCGGGAAUCCUGUUUACAUACCCGAAUAUCGCCGCGCUUGCGGGUGUCCAUGGACUGCUUGUCUAUGCACUCUCUUCGGGCCUGCCGCUUUUCAUCUUCGCGGUCCUGGCCCCGAUCAUCAGGAGGAAGUGUCCUGAGGGCUUCGUCCUUACCGAAUGGACUCGCCAGCGCUAUGGCAGCGUUACAUCCCUCUAUCUGAGCUUCUUCACCCUUGCCACGAUGUGGCUCUACAUGGUCGCUGAACUGUCCGCUCUCCAGCAAGUCGUGAACCUCUUGACCGGUCUCAAUGGUCUACCCGCCGUCAUCGUCCAGUGCGCUGUGACUACGAUCUACACUGCGGCAGGAGGUUUCCGGGUCUCCUUCGUGACAGACAAUAUCCAAGGAGCCAUGGUGCUGUUGUUCAUUAUCAUCGGAACCAUCUCCAUUGCCACCACUGUCGACAUCGACAGGUCAUCAAUCCCAGCUUCUGGAUAUCUCAACGCCAAUUUACUCGGAUGGCAGCUUCUCUAUAUCCUCCCUGUGGCCAUCCUGACGAACGACUUCUUCCUCUCGCAAUUUUGGAUGAGAGCCUUCGCCGCCAAGACCGACAAAGACCUCUGGAUCGGCGUCAGUAUCGCGGCUGUGGCUGUCACCUGCAUUACUACCCUCAUCGGCGUGUCUGGCCUCGUCGCAGGCUGGUCUGGAGUUCUUGGAACGCCUCCAGUGCCUUCUGGCAUCGAGCUCUUCACCCUCCUCAACACGCUCCCAGCGUGGGUCGUGGGCGUUAUUCUUGUCAUGGUCGUCACAUUGAGCACCUCUGCGUUCGACUCUUUCCAGUCCGCCAUCAUCUCCACUGGAUCGAACGACCUUUUCAGGAACAAGCUGAACACCUGGAUCGUUCGUGCCAUUGUUGUGAUCAUCAUCGUCCCGACAAUGAUUGUGGCUCUCAAAAGCCCUAGCGUGCUGCAGAUCUAUCUCAUCUCCGAUCUUCUCAGCGCUUCCAUCACCCCCUGCUUGGUCAUUGGUCUGAGUUCCAAAGCAUACUGCUGGCGCGGAUUUGAAGUGGUCAUCGGAGGUCUCGGAGGCAUUCUCUCUGUCUUCUUCUUCGGCCUGGUCUACUACGACGGCGACGCACACAAAGCCGGCGAACUUCUUAUCUUGUCCGGUGGACUUUACGGAGACGACUGGUCUGCUUUUGGUGCUUUCGUGGCUGCACCCGUGGGAGGGCUGCUGUUCGCUAUUUCCGCCUUCCUUCUGCGCAUUGGUGUACUUUGGCUGAAGGCGAAAGCCAGUGGCACCCGCUUCACUGCACUCGAUCGCCCCACAGCUCCUGAUGCUGCUUUCGAGCCGGAAGAGCGCUCGAGCAUUGAUCGCCACCGAUUCGUUGACGGCAAUGGUGUGGAGAGGACCGUGAUCGAUGUGAAGGGCAAGUUCUUCUAG